GACGGGCUUUACCUCUCCCUGUGCCUCCUCCCUUCCCUCAGACAAGCCGGGAGGAGGCGCGGGGCUGCGGCUGCUGGCGGGGACCGGGGCACUGGCGCUGUCUCCGGCCGCAGGGAAGCGCUGGGGGAGCCGCGGAGGGGGCGGCAGGAGAGUUGUCGGAGUCCAAGUAAAGCACUUGAGAGCUCCUUGGCAAGAGAAGCUGGAAUCAAAGGGAUGUGUUUUGUUUGUUCUCAAACACUGGAUAUGCUGGGUCAAUGAACUGUUACUUCAGGAAGCAGAGCUGAGAGGACCAGCUGAGAAGACAUCAUUAUUAUGGCAAGCAGGAAUGCAACACUUUCCCAAAAGUCUCUCUUCUAGGGAAGCACACAUAUACUGUACUACAAGAAAGCAACGUUUGGGACUUUCUAAAACACUGACUGUAACCCAGUCCAGCUUUCUCAGUGCCUGCUGAAAAAGACUUUUCUUCUCUAACUUUAAAGCAGGCUGCAAGACUAUCCGCAGCAGGAUUUACCAGCCCCUACACGCACAACAAGAUGAUUGACCUAAGCUUUCUAACAGAGGAGGAACAAGAGGCGAUAAUGAAGGUGCUGCAACGGGAUGCAGAACUUAAAAGAGCUGAAGAAGAGAGAGUCAGGCAUUUACGAGAAAAAGUCAAAGAUGAUGUUCAGCUAAAGAAUAUGAGUGGGCAGUGGUUUUAUGAAGCGAAGUCAAAGAGGCACAGAGAUAAGAUACACGGAGCAGACAUUAUUAGGGCUUCCAUGCGCCGGAAGCCUGCCACUGUUGCUGAAGCGAGUCAGAACAAAAUGAGCAAACCAAAGACCAGCUGGGUGAGCAAUGUUAAUGAAGAAGUCUCUGUGCCACCAGAUUUACAUGGCAUUGUGGAACAUCAAGAAGAACAACAACAACUGAAAAUUAGUUCAAGUUCUAAACCAAUAACCUCCAUGUUAGACAACCCAGAGGAAAGGCCUAUGAAGGCAGCAGUCUCAUCAGUAAGGCAAAGAAGAAAUCCAUUUAAUUCCACUGCAUCAGAUGAUGACGUGAACCUUGGGGAAUCAGAAAACAGACCAGCCAUUGUACCUCAGCUAUCAGAGAAGGAAAUUUUCUCAUUCUCAGAAGAGAGCCCACCUAAAUCAAACUUACAAAAUGAUGAGACAAAGAAACAUAUGAAGCCUUCUGUAGAACUUACUGAUGAAUCACAAAAGGGAUUAGUUAAGCCUCCUGUCCCAAAAGCUAGAAAAUUAAUUCAUAAAGCAACAGAUUCUGUAUCACAAAGAGAAGACUUUGUUCCAAAACCAACCAAACAGUCUGAGAGGAUUAAUGGUGCUGGUACACCUCCCAGGGGCAUUCUAAAGCGCAGUUCAAGUUCAAGUUCCACUGACUCAGAAGUUCGUGUUAGUCAUAUGUUAGACGCUCAGAAGAAGAAUGGUCUUUCUACUGCAACUAUUUUUGAAGGAGAUUCUGAGAAGAGCUCUCUUGUGGACGAAGCAGAGGAUUGCACAACAAUUUCAAUGGAAAAACUAAAACAAGUGAGGUUUUCAUCUAGCACAAGUAAAGAAAGGCUUCUGCAAAGCCCACAGCUACACCAUGGUAAAGAAAGAGGAGAGCUUGAUUUGUUAGAAUCGGACAAAAAAAAGAUUAGUGGAAAUUAUGCUAUCCCAUCAGAUUCAUUUGGGGAUAAGCAAAUUUCUGCUGUGAAGCCUUCAGAAACCAAUUCAUCAUCUUUACAAAUGAAAACGAUAGACGGUUUACAAGAACAUACAUCUGCAUCCGGCCCUUGUGACACUAGUAAUAGGUCAGUCUUCCCGGUUAAUGAAAGCUUGCAGACAAAGACAGUUUUUCCUAAGAAACUUGAAACUCCACAGAAGACUUCCAGCAAUAUGCUGCCAAAUAGCAAUAAUGAACUGAGUGUUGAUGAGGCACGUGAAAAUAAAUCCAACCAGAUCUUGAGCCAUGAAUCAAAGUCACACAAAAACUUUACUGAUGAACAUCAACUUUCUGUUAAGACAGAAGCACGUGAGGUGUCAAAUACCAAUUCUACAAGUCUUCAACAAGGUAAGCCUGAUCUUGUUGAGGAGAGAGAUGCUAAAACUACUUUCAAGCCUGACAAACAUGCUGAUGAACUUGUGAAAGUGGCUGAUGAAUCUGUAUCAAAAGUUUUAGACUGGUUUAAACGAAGUUCUGAUACUGAAGAUGGGGAACAUGCAUCAACUAGAUCCCAAGGCAGAGAGUCCAAAGAGAAAGUGGACUUUUCAACCAGAACAGCAGUUCUUCCUAGAGAACAUAGUGGGCCUAGCAUGCAUGGAAAAACAGGAGUUACAGAAGAGUUACCAUUUGGAAAGAUUAAACAACAGAACAGUGUUUCAUCUACAUCAUUUACUUCAGAAGAUGCACAGCUGAUAAAGGAGAGUGUGAAGCCUAAGAAAGGGGAAGUGAAUAAGGAGCAAAAUGGCAAAUUGCUAACUAAAUUUGAUUGUACAGGAGCUGAAGAAAAAGAACGUGGUCAAGAAAUCAAACAACAAAAUCAAAAAUCAAAUCUCUUGGAACAUCAAGAACACAAGCUACAACCUCAGAAAUAUGAAUCAGAGAAGGCAAUACAAGAAAAAAGAAGAAUAAGGGAGAUCAGAGCAUUCUGGGAAAGGGAUAAAACUAUAUUCGAGCAUGGAGAGAAAGAAGUUAGUAUCGAUACUAGUGCAUCAGGUGGCCAUGCAUUGAAAGGUCUUGGAGAAAGUGACAAAAUAGAACCAACUGCAGUAUACCCACCUAAUAGAUUGCGCGAUCAGAGCAAGAAUACAUUAAGUCCUCAGUUGAGUUGUAUGAGCCAGGAUUCAAGAAAUAAACAUCAGCACUCUUUGGAGUUUAGACCACACCAUGCAGUUAAAAAGCCAAAAGGAACACUUCCAUUUGAUGAAGUCCAUGAAUAUACAGAAUUGCCAAAAGCCAGUAACUUACAGUCCAGAGUUGGUGUCACUUCAGCCUCCCCAAAAAGCAAAGAUGAGAAGGAAACACUUAAAGGAAAAGUUGCUGCUUGUUCCCAACAGAAGCCCAGCUUUCAAGUUUUUUCUUUAAAAGAAAAAAUGGAUGAAAAGUCCAAGAAUCAAAUUUCAGAUCCUUCACGGUUUCAGAGUUUGAGAAACUUCUGGGAUACUGGAGUUAAAUUCCAGAGUAGAAUUGACAGGGAAGAUGUUUCUUUGCCAAAUAAUAGUAGUUCAAUAAUCUAUGAAAGUAAAUCAAAGGAAGACAAAGGUAGAGAUAAUGUGAGCAAGCAAGAGUUAAUUCAACAACAAACCCAAACAUCUGAGAGAGAAAAACCACAGAAACAAGAUUCUCUGGUAUGCAAAAAGUCUCUAGGAUCUCCUACCCUGGAAGGUCUGAAUGUGACACACACACAAAAUACAGACUCUGUCCAGCUGAACAGAAAACCAGUUACCUCAAAAUCCCAGGAAAAGAUGAGUCUUCCAGAGCAAGCAGUUAAAGAAUGUAUAGGAAAAAGUAUUGUUUCAUCAAAAUAUCAUCAUGUUUCCUUGCAGUUGCUCCAGUCACCCGGUGAUAAAAAUGCUUUGAAGGAGACAGCAGCAGGUGAUAGGCUAUGUUUACCCACAGAAAAAGUGGAGAACAAGACUAGUCCAUUGGAUAUCAGUCUCCCUAAGGAGGAAGUUGCAGAGACUGUGGAGAAAGUUGUUCAACCUAAAGGUGAGCUUGAUGUAUUUAAAUCAGUUCUAAAGAAGCUAGAAAAGGAAGCCUCUGAGAUGUCAUGUAGCUUAAACCUAAAAGAAAAUGUUUUGAAAGGGACAACUUUUCAAUCAAAUCAGUGCAAGGUCUUUGAGAGAACAGUAGAAGAGAUCCAUGAUAUUUCUCCUGCUGAUCAAGAAGAAGAAAUGGGCAAAAAUACAGGAGAAGUGAAUAUGCCAUCAACAGAUGAGCAUGAGAACAAAAAAAGCCUCAGAAAACUAUUUAGGGAAUUUGAACCUUUGCGUUUACAGCAUCAGGCAGCAGACAAGGAUGAUACUCUUGAGGGCUCUGGUUUGCAGAACCUGCUCAGAGAAACCUUUGUAUCUCAGCCUCCUGAAUAUAGAGGGGUGGGAAUGAAAACGUACAAUGACAUGAAUAGCAUAUCAGAAACUAAUUGCAGCAUAGAAUCAACAUGCCAAGAAGCUACUGGUCAGCCUGAAGAGGUUCAUGAGACAACAGAGAAGUCUGUUGCCCCAUCCAAGGUCAGUGGCUUGAGUUCUGUCUUACAGAAGCUGCUGAAGGAAGCUGCUGAAACAUCACUUCCUAAACCAAAACACGCUGACAGCACAAUGUGGAGGACUGCUGAGGUGGAAGUUAAAAGCACAAUAUAUGACCAUGACAGAGAGGUGCCACAGGAAAUCGCUGAGACCAUAGAAAAGUCUGUUGCCCCAUCUAGGAGCAGUGGCUUGAGUUCUGUCUUACAGAAGCUGCUGAAGGAGGCCUCUGAAGCACCACCUCCUAAACCAAAACGUGCUGACAGCAUAGUACAGAGAACUUCUGAGGUGGAAGUUAAAGGUAUGACUUAUGAGUAUGAUGGAGAGGUGCUGCAGGAAAUCAGUGAGAUGGUAGAAAAGUCUGUUGCCCCAUCUAGGAGCAGUGGCUUGAGUUCUGUCUUACAGAAGCUGCUGAAGGAGGCCUCUGAAGCACCACCUCCUAAACCAAAACGUGCUGACAGCAUAGUACAGAGAACUUCUGAGGUGGAAGUUAAAGGUAUGACUUAUGAGUAUGAUGGAGAGGUGCUGCAGGAAAUCAGUGAGAUGGUAGAAAAGUCUGUUGCCCCAUCCAAGGACAGUGACUUCAGUUCUGCUUUAGAGAAGCUGCAGAGGGAGGCCUCUGAAAUACCACCUCCUAAACCAAAACAUGCUGACAGCAUAGUACAGAGAACUGCUGAGGUGGAAACUAAGAGUGCAGCCUAUGAGCAUGAUGGAGAGGUGCUGCAGGAAAUCAGUGAGAUGGUAGAAAAGUCAGUUGCCCCAUCCAAGAACAGUGGCUGGAAUCUUGCUUUAGAGAAGUUGCAGAAGGAGGCCUCUGAAAUACCACCUCCUAAAGCAAAACUUGCUAACGGCAUGGUACAGAGAACUGAUGAGGUGGAAGCUAAGGGUAUGACCUAUAAGCAUGAUGAAGAGGUGCUGCAGGAAAGGGGUGAGACCACAGAAAGAUCUGCACUGUCCAAGGCUGAAUAUAGAGUGUCUGAUGUUACUUUCCAGAAGCUACCAAAAGAGGUCUCUGAAACAACAGCUUCUGUGCCAGAAAAUAUGGAUAAGAAAAUGCAAGGUAAAAUACAGACUAAUCUAAGUAUGCAUGUUCCACAUCAACAAGAGAGAGAUCAUCCUCAAGAAAUACAAGAAACAGUAGAAAAAACUUCUGUUUCAAAUAUUGCAAAAUUCAGUGAAUUCAGUCGUUCUUUAGCGAAACUUGUUCAAAAAGCAUCUACAGUUUCAUGUCCAAUAUCCAAAGAGUUACAUGAGCAAGAAAAGUUUGGAGAUCCUGCAUUUCCCUCAGAAAAAGAGACUCUAUGCACAACUAUGUCGCAGCCAUAUAAUAUUCUAAGUACCUAUCAUACACAAAUAAAGUUAGCCGUCAAAGGGGAAGCUCUAGAACAAAAUGUCAAAGCUUCAGUAAAUGAUCUUGCAGUAAGUGAAAUUGAAGCUUUUGAUCUUAAAAGAAAUGAAAUUAUUAAUAAAAUAGAAGAGAGAAACAUGGUUCCAGUUGAUCUUACUCCCUUGGAAGGCAAGACAAAUAUGAUUGCAAUCAAGCCAUUUCAGAUAAAUGAAAAAGGAAGGAAAGACGAAAGCACAUCCUUAGAGGCCUCUGAACAGAAUUCAGAAUUUCAAGCACUGUUGAAUUUCAGAAGAGCAAGCACACCACUUAAGGAUGAUAGCAACUCCCCCCAGCCAAAAGAAGCUCUGCUCUACCUAAUGUCUCAGCAUGAGGAUAGUGAUGAAGAGGAAGAGGACAAUUUAAAUUUGGGAUCCAAGUUUUCAGAUGAAAACUCUGAUUUCCACUCUGAAACCAGAAGUUCAACUCGUUCUGAAGAAGAAUUAAACCCUGUUUUGAUGGCUUUGAAAAGGAGUGCAGAUAGGAAAAAGCCUUCCAAAAGUCUAGAGGACAUUCCAUCAGCCACCUCAAACAAAGAAAAAAUAAAUAAUCCAAAGGAAGAAUUAGCUCUUAGUGCUGAAGAUGGUCCGAAACCUGAUCAGCAUCCAGAGAGGACUGAAAAUGCAACAGGAAUUUCCACAGUGCCUUCACAGCCUGAUAAGCUGUUUUCCAACCCUGAAAAACUUAAAGGACUUAGCAAGUCGGUACCAUCAUUCCUACAGGAAGAGAGUGAUGACAGAGAGACAGAUACAGCGUCAGAAAGCAGUUAUUCCUUUGGCAGAAUCAAGAAGAGUCCCAGCUCUCUAACCAAUCUUAGCAGCUCUUCUGGCAUGGCCUCCUUAUCCUCUGUGAGCGGAAGUCUAAUGAGCAUCUAUAGUGCAGACUUUGGCAAUGUUGAUGUGAAGGGGAACAUUCAGUUUGCUAUUGAUUAUGUAGAACAGCUGAACGAGCUCCACAUUUUUAUUUGCCAGUGUAAAGACUUGGCAGUAGCAGAUGUUAAGCGACAGCGCUCAGACCCGUAUGUAAAGACCUACCUGCUUCCAGAGAAAUACAAGCUGGGCAAACGGAAGACUUCUGUCAAAAAGAAAACUUUUAAUCCAGUCUAUAAUGAAAUACUGCGGUAUAAAAUUGAGAAGGAUCUCCUAAAGGACCAAAGCCUUAAUAUCUCUGUCUGGCACAAUGAUACCUUUGGGAGGAACAGCUUCCUUGGUGAAGUGGAGUUGGAUUUAGGAACUUGGGACUGGAAUGAUCGAUCCAACAAGCAGAUCAACUGGUUUCCCCUCAAGCCAAGGACUUCAACAAUGACUCUUAAUCUAGAAAACAGAGGGGAGAUGAAACUAGCACUCCAGUAUGUCCCACACCCCAUUGGAGGAAAGAAGACUCUAUCUACUGGUGAGGUCCACAUCUGGGUGAAGGAAUGCCAUAACCUUCCUCUUCUGAGAGGAAACAGGCUCAACUCUUUUAUUAAGUGUACCAUUCUUCCAGACACUAGCAGAAAAAGUCGCCAGAAAACAAGGACAGUUGCAAAAACUACAAACCCGGUAUUCAACCACACCAUGGUGUAUGAUGGCUUUAGACCAGAAGAUUUGAAAGAAGCCUGCGUAGAACUCACAGUCUGGGACCACAACAAACUAGCGAACCACUUUCUGGGAGGUCUCCGGAUAGGCCUUGGAACAGGCAAAAGCUAUGGAACUAGAGUAGACUGGAUGGAUUCCACUUCAGAUGAAACUGCCCUUUGGGAGAAGAUGAUGAACUCUCCAAACACCUGGAUAGAAGAUACACUACCUCUCAGGAUGCUUAUGGUUGCAAAAUUGACAAAAUAAGGUGGCUUUUUAAUUGCUAGUGUCAAAAGGAAACCUUGGGAAUGAAACUGAAGGUGCAGGGGAUAAAACUUGGAAGAGGAACACAGUAGCAGUUUUGACAGUUUUUGCUCUGUUGCCGUUCUGGUUUUGUGAUGUCAUAUGUCACUUCAUAUUUCAAAUUAAACAUUUGCCCACAGAACAUUAUGUAAAUUUGUAGUUGUACAUUUCUAGGAUAUGUAAGUUGCUUCUGCAGUGAAAGAAGCAUGACAUGAAGUGGUACUGUUGAUGUCCCAUUCUACCAUGCGCAGAGGACUAAGUUCCAGCGUACUGUAAAAAAUCAGGGUUAUAAAAAGUUUGCUAUAUAUAUAUGUGUUAAUCAUCUUGCUAGUCUGCAAUACUUACUCUUAAAUACUGAAGACAUAAAGAUGAUUUUUUUUUUUCUAGUGCUACUCAUAAAGAUCUAACUGUGCCAAUUUUAGUGAUGACAAGUAUGUUGAGUAUUUAUUCUUCUAAGUGUGCUUGUUUGUACCUGUAUCUAUUAGCUUGGUUUUUCGCAAGAAGUAACUUACCUGUGCUUCAGUGCCGCCAUUAGGGGACCGGUGGGACUAUGGUGGUCUUGGCUUAAAUAGUUUUGCAGCAUAAGAAAUAAGACUGGAAUUUGUAACUUGUAGAAAUGCAUGCUACUAAUAAAUAAAUGCAUGAAGUACUAGAUGUAUUACUUUUUAAAAUAAAAAGAAGCCUAUUAAGACUAAA